GCCGUCGCUGACGCGGCGGGCCUCCCGGAGCGCCGCCAUGACCACGGUCUCCAUGGAGGUAUUCGACAAUGAGGUUGUUCCUUCCUCCUUGCAGUCCAUCGCCCCCAUUCUUCGCGUCGCCACCGAGAUCCAGAGCGAGCGCCCCCGUGUUGCCUACCUCUGUCGAUUUUAUGCUUUCGAGAAAGCGCAUAGGUUGGAUCCGAAUUCUAGCGGACGUGGUGUGCGGCAGUUUAAGACUAGUCUCCAUCAGAGAUUAGAAAGGGAUAAUGCAUCGACUCUCGCUUCUCGGGUCAAGAAGACUGAUGCGCGCGAAAUAGAGAGCUUUUACAAGCAAUAUUAUGAGCACUAUGUUGUGGCACUUAACAAGGGAGAACAAGCUGAUAGAGCUCAGCUUGGAAAGGCUUACCAGACAGCCGGUGUGCUGUUUGAAGUGCUUUGUGCUGUUAAUAAGACGGAGAAAGUUGAGGAAGUUGCUCCUGAGAUUAUGGCUGCAGCUAAUGAUGUCCAGGCAAAAAAGGAAAUUUAUGCUCCAUAUAACAUUCUUCCCCUGGAUUCAGCCGGGGCAUCACAGUCCAUCAUGCAGCUUGAAGAGGUGAAAGCUGCAGUGACCGCUUUACAGAACACUAGUGGCUUAACAUGGCCAGCCUCGUUUGAGCAGCAAAGGCAGAGAGCUAAGGACUUGGACCUCCUUGAUUGGCUGAGAGCCAUGUUUGGGUUUCAGAGGGACAAUGUCAGAAACCAAAGGGAGCAUUUGAUAUUGCUGCUUGCAAACAUCCAUAUAAGGCUAGUCCCCAAGCCUGAACCACAGAACAUUCUUGAUGAUCGAGCUGUUGAUGCACUCAUGAAUAAGCUUUUCAAGAACUACAAAACCUGGUGUAAAUACUUGGGAAGGAAACACAGCUUAAGGCUCCCCCAAGGUCAGGCGGAAGUGCAACAGAGGAAGAUACUUUAUAUGGGCCUUUUUCUUCUUAUCUGGGGUGAAGCAGCUAAUGUUCGGUUCAUGCCAGAGUGCCUAUGCUACAUUUUCCACAACAUGGCUUAUGAACUCCAUGGACUCUUAGCUGGAAAUGUAAGCAUCGUCACUGGGGAAAACAUUAAGCCUUCUUAUGGUGGUGAUGAUGAGGCUUUCUUGCGAAAAGUUAUAACACCCAUUUAUCACGUGAUUGAAAAGGAAGCAAAGAAAGGUAAAAAUGGGAAAGCCCCCCACACAAGCUGGUGCAACUAUGAUGAUUUAAAUGAGUAUUUCUGGUCAUCGGAUUGCUUCAAAUUGGGUUGGCCAAUGCGUGAUGAUGGUGAAUUUUUCAAAUCAACACGAGAUGCAGCAGAGGGUAAACGCGGUCAAAAGGCUGGAAAGCUUGGAAAGUCUUUCUUUGCAGAAACUCGGUCAUUUUGGCACAUAUUUCGUAGUUUUGACCGUCUGUGGACAUUUCUCAUUCUUGGUUUACAGAUUAUGAUUAUCAUUGCAUGGAGUAAUGUUUCUAUAUUUGACCUCUUUGAGAGGAGGGUCUUGUACAACUUGGCUAGCAUUUUUGUCACUGCAGCCAUUCUUCGCUUGGUACAGAGUAUUUUGGACCUUGUUCUCAACUUCCCAGGCUAUCUUCGAUGGAAGUUCACUAGUGUGUUGAGAAACAUUCUCAAGAUAGUUGUUAGCCUUGCCUGGUGUAUCAUUCUCCCUCUGACUUAUUCAAUCCAAAGCAAUUUCACUUUGUUUGCACAACUCAGAACAUACCUCUCAUUCCUUGGUAACCUUAAGGGUCUGCCUCCUUUGUAUGUCAUGGCGGUAGCUCUAUACCUGCUGCCAAAUUUAUUGGCUGCAAUUUUAUUUGUUUUCCCAAUGCUCCGCCGCUGGAUAGAGAACUCUGAUUGGCUUAUCAUUAGGUUUCUCCUAUGGUGGUCACAGCCAAGAAUCUAUGUGGGAAGAGGAAUGCAUGAAAGUCAAUUUUCACUUAUCAAAUAUACCUUUUUCUGGGUGCUGCUCCUGUGUUCAAAAUUUUCAUUUAGCUAUUUUAUGAUGAUAAAACCUAUGGUGAAGCCCACCCAAGAUAUAAUGAGCAUUAAGCAUGUUGACUAUGCUUGGCAUGAGUUCUUCCCAGACGCUAGAUACAACUUGGGAGCUGUUAUUGCAAUUUGGACACCAGUUGUCCUGGUUUACUUAAUGGACAUCCAGAUUUGGUAUGCUAUAUACUCCACCAUAUAUGGAGGUUUUAUUGGGGCCUUCGAUCGUCUUGGCGAGAUUCGAACUCUUGAGAUGCUAAGGUCACGUUUUCAGUCUUUACCUGGUGCAUUCAACACUUACUUGGUGCCUUCUGAGAAAAGUAGAAAAAGAGGGUUUGCUCUUUUAAAGAACUUUCAUAAGGUGACUCCAAAUAAGAGAAGUGAAGCUGCAAAAUUUGCUCAGUUGUGGAAUGAUGUAAUGUCUAGCUUCCGCGAAGAAGAUCUCUUAAGCGACAGGGAAAUGGAUCUGCUUCUUGUUCCUUACUCCUCUGAUCCUAGCCUCAAUAUAAUACAAUGGCCCCCAUUUUUGCUUGCUAGCAAGAUUCCAAUUGCACUGGAUAUGGCUGCUCAAUUUCGAUCUAAGGAUGCUGACCUUUGGAAGCGUAUAUGUGCUGAUGAGUACAUGAAAUGUGCUGUCAUUGAGUGUUAUGAAUCAUUUAAACUAAUUCUGAAUGCCUUGAUCAUCGGAGAGACUGAGAAAAGGAUAAUCGGAGUCAUCAUAAAAGAAAUUGAAACUAACAUAUCAAAGAAUACAUUCCUUGCAAAUUUCAGAAUGAAGCCUUUACCUGAUCUUUGCAAGAAAUUUGUGGAACUUGUGGAGAUAUUGAAAGAAGGUCAUCCAACCCAGAAAGAUAGAGUUGUUUUACUGCUGCAAGAUAUGUUGGAAGUAGUCACCCGUGAUAUGAUGAUCACUGAGAACCGUGAACUUGCUGAGCUUGGCCAAGGCAACAAGGAUUCUGGAAAUCAACUUUUUGCUAGAAUUGUUUUCCCUCCACCAAAUACAGCACAAUGGGAAGAACAGAUACGACGCCUCUAUCUGCUCCUAACCGUUAAAGAAUCUGCAAUUGAUGUGCCAACGAACCUCGAAGCACGUCGAAGGAUAGCAUUUUUCUCCAAUUCACUUUUUAUGGAUAUGCCACGUGCUCCUCGAGUGCGGAAAAUGCUUUCAUUCAGUAUAUUUACUCCGUAUUACAGCGAGGAGACUCUCUACUCCAAGAGUGAUCUUGAAAUGGAAAAUGAAGAUGGCGUUUCUAUCAUAUAUUACCUUCAAAAGAUUUAUCCAGAUGAAUGGAACAACUUUAUGGAGCGUCUAAAUUGCAAAGGAUCUGAAAUUUGGGAAAAUGAAGAAAACAUACUGCAACUACGCCAUUGGGCCUCCUUGAGAGGACAGACUCUUAGCAGAACAGUAAGGGGGAUGAUGUAUUAUAGAAGGGCGUUGAGGCUUCAGGCUUUCCUUGACAUGGCUACUGAAGAUGAGAUACUUGAAGGCUAUAAAAGUAUCGCAGAACCUUCAGCAGAAGACAAGAAGAGCCAGAGGUCCAUGUAUACUCAAUUAGAGGCUGUAGCUGACAUGAAGUUCACAUAUGUUGCUACCUGCCAAAAUUAUGGGAACCAGAAAAGAAAUGGAGAUCGUCGUGCAACUGACAUUUUAAAUCUGAUGGUUAAUAAUCCAUCUCUUCGUGUGGCAUAUAUAGAUGAAGUCGAGGAAAGGGAAGGAGGGAAAAAUCAAAAGGUUUAUUACUCUGUACUUAUAAAAGCUGUUGAAAAUCUUGAUCAGGUAAUAUUUUCAUUAAUUCUAAAUAAAAUUUCAAACAACUUAUUUUUUAACUCCAGCACUGAUUCAAUUUUAUUUAUUUCUAAGGAAAUCUACCGUAUAAAGCUGCCUGGCUCUGCAAAGAUAGGAGAAGGGAAGCCUGAAAACCAAAACCAUGCUAUUGUUUUCACGCGUGGGGAAGCAAUUCAGACCAUAGAUAUGAACCAGGAUAAUUACUUGGAAGAAGCUUUUAAGAUGCGCAACCUACUUGAAGAAUUUAAUGAGGAUCAUGGGGUGCGACCACCAACCAUCUUAGGUGUUCGUGAGCAUAUUUUCACUGGAAGUGUUUCAUCAUUGGCUUGGUUUAUGUCAAAUCAAGAAACGAGCUUUGUCACCAUUGGCCAGAGAGUUCUUGCAAGGCCUUUGAAGGUGCGAUUCCAUUAUGGACAUCCAGAUGUUUUUGACAGAAUUUUUCACAUAACUCGGGGUGGCAUUAGCAAAGCUUCAAGAGGAAUCAAUCUUAGUGAGGAUAUUUUUGCCGGUUUUAAUUCAACACUAAGACGUGGAAAUGUUACUCACCAUGAAUAUAUUCAAGUUGGGAAGGGACGAGAUGUUGGUCUCAACCAGAUCUCACUUUUUGAAGCUAAAGUUGCAUGUGGUAAUGGGGAGCAGACACUGAGCCGCGACAUCUACAGAUUGGGGCAUCGGUUUGACUUCUUCCGCAUGUUGUCAUGUUACUAUACAACUACGGGGUUCUAUGUGAGCUCAAUGAUGGUCGUCCUUACAGUGUAUGCAUUCUUGUAUGGUAGGCUCUAUCUUUCUCUGAGUGGACUUGAGAGGGCCAUAGUCAGGUAUGCACAAUUCAAGGGAGACGAUGCUCUCAUGGCUGUCAUGGCAUCACAGUCAAUUGUCCAAUUAGGUAUCUUAAUGGCAUUGCCGAUGGUUAUGGAAAUUGGGCUUGAAAGGGGCUUUAGGACUGCAGCUGGUGAAAUGAUAAUAAUGCAGCUUCAACUUGCAUCUGUCUUCUUUACUUUCUCUCUUGGUACAAAACUUCAUUACUUUGGGAGAACGAUUUUACAUGGCGGAGCUCAAUACAGAGCCACUGGGCGUGGUUUUGUUGUGAGACACGAGAAGUUUGCCGAGAAUUAUAGAAUGUAUUCAAGGAGCCAUUUCACCAAAGCUCUAGAAUUGAUGACUUUGCUCAUUGUUUAUCAAUUUUACAACUCGGCUGCUACCAAUAGUGCUGCUUUCAUACUGAUCGCCUUCUCCAUGUGGUUUCUUGUGGUUUCCUGGUUGUUUGCUCCCUUUCUUUUCAAUCCUUCUGGAUUUGAAUGGCAGAAGAUAGUGGAGGACUUUGACGAUUGGACUAAGUGGAUGAGUAACUGUGGUGGAAUUGGUGUUCCGUCAACCAAAAGUUGGGAGUCAUGGUGGGAUGAAGAGCAAGCGCAUCUCCAGAGCACAGGAGUUCUUGGCCGGUUCUGGGAAAGCAUCCUUGCCCUCCGCUUCUUCCUAUACCAGUAUGGAAUUGUUUAUCAGUUGCGUGUCGCCCAGAAUGACAAGAGUAUUGUGGUUUAUGGUUUGUCUUGGCUGGUCAUUGUUGCUGUGGUCAUCAUCUUGAAGAUUGUGUCCAUGGGGAGGCAGAAGUUUAGCGCCGAUUUCCAGCUGAUUUUCAGACUCAUAAAGCUAUUCCUGUUCAUCGCCUUCAUCGUCACACUUGUCAUCUUCAUCAAAUUCCUUGACCUCACUUUUGGCGAUAUUUUCGCAAGCUUAUUGGGCUUCUUGCCAACUGGUUGGGCUCUUCUUAUGAUAGCACAAGCUUGCAGGCCAAUAGUGAAGACAAUUGGAAUGUGGGGAUCGGUUAAAGCUUUGGCAAGAGGGUACGAGUACCUGAUGGGGUUGGUGAUAUUUGCUCCAGUGGCUAUUCUUGCGUGGUUCCCGUUCGUGUCUGAAUUCCAGACGAGGCUGCUCUUCAACCAGGCCUUCAGCAGAGGCCUGCAGAUCCAACGUAUACUCGCUGGUGGAAAGAAAAAUAAGUGAGGGGGAGAGAGAGCCUGAUCACUGUAUGUUGCCCAAUGUUCUGCCCCAGAAGCCCAUGCAUACGAGAUUUUCACCUGACUCAUUGAUUACAAUCUCUUUGAUCACAUAUGACAAUAAAAUAGAUAAGACCAGAUGUUAUACUUUGGUGGUGUGCAGACGUUCUGUUGAUAGUCUCUCGGCUCUCGCUUUCUGCUCUUUACUCCUUUGAAAACUGUCUAUACUUUUGUAAAGCUUCAUAUUUUGAUUUUAUGAAUUAAAUAGAUUAGUGAAAAUCACUUUGUAUUA